AUGACCGAGGGGGUGUUGAGGAGUUUGGGUUCUAGGAGGUUUCUUGACUGGGGAGCUAUGGGUGCUCAAGGUUCAGCGGGUGGUAUUUUGGUUUGUUGGGAUAAGAGAUCUUUGGAAUUGUUGGAGAUGGAGGUGGGUAAUUUCUCUAUUUCGUGUAGGCUAAAGAAUGUUGAAGAUGGGAUGGUUUGGAUUUUUACUGGAAUUUAUGGGCUAUGUAACAGGAAGAAGAGGGAGGCUUUGUGUGAGGAGUUAGGGGCUAUAAGGGGAAUAUGGGACAAGCCUUGGUGUUUAGGAGGGGACUUUAAUGUCACUUUAUCCCAAAGGGAAAGGAGCAGGCAGGGUAACCUUAAUGGAGCAAUGCAAAGGUUUGCUCAGGUGGUGGAUGAUCUAGUCCUUAUAGACCUCCCUCUGCAGGGGGGUGUGUUUUCUUGGAGUGGGGGCAAGAACAAUCAGACAUGGGCUAGAUUGGAUCAUUUCUUGGUAACUCAGAGUUGGCUAAAUAUUUUCAGGGGAGUUGUCCAGUGUAGGCUUCCUAGGCCUACCUCUGAUCACUUCCCCAUUUUGUUGAAGGGGGGCGGGAUGAGCCGGGGACCCUCUCCGUUCAGGGAGGGGCGAGAGGAGGGAGGACCCAACUUUAGAAUGGCUGCUAAAAUGAAGGUGAUGAAGGAGAAAAUUAAAGCAUGGAACAUGGAUGUUUUUGGUAGGCUGGAAGUGAACAAUAGCUCAACCCUUCAGCAAAUUGAAUUUUGGGACAUGGUGGAAUGUGAUAGGGGCCUUUCAGAAAGAGAAACAAAUUUGAAAAAUGAAGUUAAGGAGAAUUUCAAAAAGUGGGUUCUUUUGGAAGAAAUCCAUUGGAGACAAGUGUCUAGGGAGCUGUGGCUAAGAGAAGGGGAUAAGAAUACAGGAAUUAAAAUAUAUGGGGUGGAGUUGGUUGAGGAGCAGGAGGUGAGGGAGGGGAUUGUGAAUGCUAUUCAGCACCAGCUAAGGGAAGACCCAGGCUGGAGAGCCGAUAUAGAGGGGCUGCAUCUUCAAAGUCUUAAUCAUAGUGAAGCUGAAGCUCUAGAGGUUCCCUUUAUUGAAGAAGAAAUAUUCUCAACUUUGAUGGAUAGGAACGACAAUAAGGCCCCAGGCCCGAAUGGGUUUACCGUGGCUUUUUGGCAAGCUUGUGGGGCUGAGGAGCUAGGGGAGUUUCGGCCCAUCAGUCCGUUAGGGGGGUUGUACAAGCUUAUGGCCAAAGUGCUGGCCAACAGGCUGAAACAGGUGUUAGAUAAGGUGGUUUCGGUUGAUCAGAACGCGUUUGUGAGGGGGAGACAAAUUCUUGACGCCUCUCUUAUAGCUAAUGAGGUGGUUGACUAUUGGCAAAAGCGGAAAGAGAAGGGGCUGGUGUGCAAGUUGGAUAUUGAGAAAACAUACGACAACAUUAGUUGGAAUUUCCUAAUGAAAGUCUUGAAAAAGAUGGGCUUUGGGUCUCGUUGGAUGGAAUGGAUGUGGUGGUGUCUUUCAACGGCAAAAUUUUCUGUCCUUAUUAAUGGGGUGCCAGAAGGCUUCUUCUCUAGCUCUAAGGGCCCGCGUCAAGGAGAUCCAAUUUCUCCUUACCUAUUUGUCUUGGGCAUGGAAGUGCUGAGUGCACUCAUUAGAAGGGCUGUGCAGGGGAAUUUCAUUACUGGGUGUAGGCUAAGAGGGAGAGGGGGUGCAGAGAUGAAUGUGUCUCAUUUGCUCUUCGCCGAUGACACUAUUAUCUUCUGCGAAGCUAGAAAGGAGCAUUUAACUUAUCCUGGUUGGAUUUUGGCGUGGUUUGAGGCGGCUUCUGGGCUUAGGAUCAAUCUGGCCAAGAGUGAGCUUAUUCCUGUUGGGGAGAUUGAUAAUAUUGAGGAAAUGGCGGUGGAAUUAGGCUGCAGAGUAGGGAGCCUUCCGUGGUCAGGGCCCUAUGGGAGAUCACCUUUGCCUUAUUUGGGGUUCAAUGGGUGUUUCUAG